GAAGUCAGAUUGAUCCGAUAGGUCUGACAUGGUUGAGUGGCUAACCGUUGUAGGAUGCUCGCCAUUUCCUGGAGGCUGGAGCUCAGGUGCAAUCGCUGUCCCGGUACGACUGAAGAAAGACGACUCUACUCCACUCGCUUCAAGGAGUAAGGGACUGAGGGAUUUACCGCCUUCAAGGAAACAAAGGACGAACCUGAUGAGUCUGUGCCCGACGAGAAGAACAUUUCUAGCCAUUCUCUUCGCAUAUGGUGACCAUUUUAAUAAAAGACGAGGAUUUUAUCCUUUGCUUUAUCUUGGGGGCGUCGAUGUACUCUUUUUUCCUUUAUUGGUAUUUUUCCCAUUGGGUUAUUUCCCAAUGAAGGUUUUUAAUGAGGCACCUUCCCCUCUCCCCGACAUGGACAAGCUAAGGGCGGAGAUCGUCUGGUCUCGAAGAAAUGCAGUUGUCUUGGGCUACUCCCUAUUAGCCGAAUCUACUACUUGACUAAGGGAGUGGGGGACUCGUGAUGGGGUUAUGGGACUAUGCCCAAAGCCUGAUCGGACCAAGCCCCCGAAUUUGAACACGUAAGUCCAAUCCCACGACUUGAGCCAUCAGGCCCAACCCCGA